AUCAUAUCUGACACUGCGGCGUGAUCCUGAACKCAGCAAAUAGCAUCCAACAUGGCGGCAGAGCCGAAGACUUUGAUGCAAAGCCAGCAGCAGAGCUGGACAGAUGACCUGCCUCUGUGUGAGAUGUGUGGCGUGGGAGUGGCGCCCAACUGUGUGUACAGCCAAGAUGGUAAAGGAACCCAGAGCCACCCCAUGGAGGACAGGCAUCUCAGGCUGAGAGGCGAGAACUGUUUCCUCUAUGGCGUUUUUAACGGCUAUGACGGCAGCAGGGUGGCGGACUUUGCAGCCCAGUGUCUGACCGCUGAACUCCUACUCGGGGAGAUCAACUCAAGUCACACAGACGGUGACGUCCGCCGGAUCCUCAUUCAGGCCUUUGAGGCGGUGGAGGAGAGUUACUUUAAUACAAUAGGUGAUGCUUUGGCUAAAAAGGCUCACCUGUCCAACUACCUCCUGCCACACAAUGAGAAGGUCCAGGAGCGCCUGAAGGAGCUGGAGCAGGAGKUGUCAGGAGGCGCUACGGCUGUGGUGGCUCUGAUUCUCAACAAUAAGCUUUACAUUGCCAAUGUUGGUACAAACCGGGUUCUGCUGUGCAAGUCCAGCAGCGACGGUCAGAACCAGGUCCUCCAGAUCGGGCGGCCACACAGCACCGACAACGAAGACGAGCUACAACGACUGGCUGCAAUGGGUGUGGACGUGGCUCGAAUACGGCAAGCAGGACAGAUCGCUGGACAGAGCAGCACCAGGCGGCUGGGAGACAGCAGAGUGAAGAUCAACUACUCUGAGAUAGAUCUGCUCAGUGCGGCCAAAGCGAAGCCCAUCAUCUCUGAGCCGGAGAUCCAUGGCAGCCACCCUUUGGACGGUGUAACAGGAUUCCUGCUGCUGAUGUCAGAGGGUCUAAUAAACGCCCUUGAGUCCGCCCACGGUCCAGAACARGUCAACCAGGAAAUUGUAGCCAUGGUAGCGGCCGAGCUGGCCCAGCAGACCAGUUUGGAGGCGGUGGCUCAGUCCGUGGUGGAGCGGGUCAAGAGGCUUCACCACGACGUCUUCGUGUCCGGCCGUCAGAGAGCGGCCUUCUGCUCUCGGCACGAGGACAUGACCCUGCUCAUUCGCACGAUCAAUURCCCGCUGGCGGACGCCGCGCUCACGCCCACACAAGGUAGCGGGCGAAUCUAUCCAGUUUCGGUACCGUACUCCAACAGCCAGAGCACCAGUAAAACCAGCGUGACCCUCUCACUGGUAAUGCCGUCUCAAAGCACCCUGACCAACGGGACUAACACCGCCUCCACCCUGGAGGAAGGCACCCCCACACCGGGCAGCCAGAGCCCUACAGCCACCCUGCAGUCCACCAACACCCAAACACAGAGCUCCAGCUCCAGCUCAGGGGAUGGAAGCCUGUUUCGUCAGAGAGGGAGCCAAGCAGUGCAGCCCGACGAGACCGGCAGGGUCCCGCCCUACGUGGACUUUAGUCAGUUCUACCGACUUUGGGGAGGGGACAACAGCGACAGCCAAAGCACACAGGGAGGCCUUGGACCCCAGUAAGAAGGAAAGUCUGAAGGAGGGGCAUGAACUACAAGGAGAAAUGUUGUUUUUGUUUUGUUUUUUUGUUUUUUUAAUCAAACUUGUGGAAUUAUGAACAAUAUGUACUGCAAAAGAGACUUUGUGAGCAUGAGUUGGAAGGGACCGGGGCUUUCUAUUAUUUCUGCAAUGAAAACUGUGAGGAAGUGGCGUCACACCACACCCCAAUCAAUUAAUGUUUGCUUCUCUUUGAAACAUAAACAAUCACAACUUGGUUACAGUAAUCCAGAUUGGUGAAGUUCCUGUUGAAGGGAACUCCAGGACCUGGACAAGGAUGUUUUAUUCAAGGCCUUAAACUGUAACUAAUGAAUGAAUGAAAGCAUCUGAAAGUACAUUUUUAUUUGCUGUCCAAAUAUAUAUAUAUAUUCUAUCUCCAGAUAAUUUAAGGACUUGUCUAAUUUUUUUUUCUAUGCACAUUUUUAUCAUCAUUAUAUUCCAUUUAUUUUGACUUGUAGUGGGACUCGAUUCAAAUUUUUAAUCGAGUUCAUCCAAAACUGUAUGUCGACAAAAACAAGCAACAUUUUCAAUUCAAAACCCUUUUUGCUGCUAAAUUACCACUAUUGUCACUAACUCAUUUUAACACAAGUUGAACACAACGAUGGACUUCUCCAGCGUCCCGUCAGAUUAUUUUUGUGAAGCAAAAAUGUGGGUUUUUUUGGGCCAAGAUGAGCAGUUUUGAUGUCCACUGCUUAUGUCUGUCACUUGUGUCACUUGUGUGUUAGAUUUACAGGCAUCCCGGAAACACACCAGUACAAAGGUUCCAGCCAGAACCUUUGUAUGUUAAAGAAAAACUAAUUAAUAAAUUAACCUGUUAAACUAUUUUUAACGAAUCAAAAUCUAUGCAAUUCAUCGAAAUGAACACAUAAAAGUUCCAGCCACAAUUCUGACACUUCAUGGACGCUAAAAAAUGCCUCCAAAUAUCAGUUAUUUCAAACACUGUCAUAGAUUAUGAUAAAUGUAUCUGUAGGGAUUCAAUUUUGCAAGCGUAUUAAAUAAAAUAAAAAAUUCAGUGAUCAUCUUCAGUCACUGUAGCAUUUAUUUAUAUAGGUAACUUGCAUCGCAAAUCCACCUCAGACCAAUCUCACAGAUUUUUGAUAAAUAUGUCUGGCAUGAUGUGCUCCUUUGCACAAUGUUAAAGUAAUUUUAUUGUUUCUAUAAAUGCAUUUGGCAACACCUUAUUAGAAUAAGGCAUUUUACUUUGCAUGUAAAGAAAAGGUUACGUACUUUCAUAUUAUAAGCAGUACCUUAAAUCGUGUAAUGCAGCGGCGGCUCUUUUUUUCUCUCUGGAGCUCUACCCAAAGCCUUGUGGUCAGACCUCUUGAGAGGCUCGCCGUUUCUUUUUAUAGAAUACUUCAUCAGACUUCYUGCUCUCAACACCUUCGUACACUUAAAUAUGACAAGUUAAAAAAAAAAAA